AUGUACUCCCUCCCCAUGGCAAAAUACUACAUAAUUAAGGACGCAGAUCAGAAGGCUCUGUGCACGAGACCAGACCGCCACCUCCUGGUGGGGGAUCCCGCCGCAGACAACUGCCGUGCAGGAAUGAUCUGCAUACUCCCCAACAGAGGCCUGGGCCACACCAGUUUCCCCGUCUUCCUGGGGAUCCAGGGAGGCAGUCGUUGCCUGGCAUGUGUGGAGGCAGGGGAGGGGCCUUCCCUGCAGCUGGAGGUCCACACAUCCCUCCUGCUGAGGUUUCCACCCUCUUUCCCUGCACCCAGCACCCAGACCCUUGCCUCCAGAACCUUCAUAGGGCAAUUCCCUGGGGAAAGAGCCACCGUCUCAGGUCCCUUGUUGGCCAAGCCCCAGAAGCCUCGAGGGCUGACACGCAAUCAGCAAUCUUAUCCAACAGCCGCCUUCAGGCUGGAGGCUGCUUCCUGACCUGACUGGUUUCUCUGUGGCUCAGCUGAGCCCCAAGAGCCGGUACGACUCACCAAGGAGAGUGAGCCCUCAGCCUGCACUGAGCUCUACUUUGAACAGAGUCGGUAG